AUGUGGGGGGCUGAGUUUGAGUUGACCACAAACGGCUCCACCUCCCUUAACAACGAAAAGGCCAAGUGUGCGGUGUGCUACGUCCCAACCCGCGGCAGUAAAUUGAUGAUCCCCGCCCGUAACACCUGCCCCACCGGCUGGACCCAGGAGUACCAUGGGUACCUCAUGGCUGGUUUCUGGGGCCACCCCGGCGUUACAGAGUUCGUCUGUGUGGAUGAACAGCCCGAUGCGGUAAUGGGUACGAAGGUCAACGAGGAUGGAACGCUUUUCUGUCCCGUGGAGGCCCGCUGUGUGUCCCUGCCGUGUCCUAACUAUGUGGAAGGGAGGGAGCUCACCUGUGUCGUCUGCACAAAGUAG